CAUCAGACUCCUUCUAACCCUCCGCGCCGGAGGAGCAAGGAGGAACCUCUCCUCUGUUUUUCCUCUCUGCGGACACACGGAUAAUAACCGCACCACGGCUGGGAAGAUGGUUUUUCUGCUGCAUAUGGUUACCCUUUACACUCUGAGGGUCUUCAGCGGAGCGUCCGCCGCCACUCACUAUAGUUGCAAUGGUCCUCUGCUCUCCGCGUUACCACAUUCAUCCUUUCAGAGCUCCACUCAGUCGUCGGCCAGUUAUGCAGCUCACAAUGCCAAGCUCAACAGAAGAGAUGGAGCCGGAGGCUGGUCUCCCAUGGUGACAGAUCAAGAGCCCUGGCUCCAGGUGGACCUCAGGGAGCAGAUGGAGGUGACGGCUGUGGCCACACAGGGUCGUUAUGACAGCUGGGACUGGGUCAGCAGUUACCUGCUACUCUACAGUGACACGGGCCGGGCCUGGAAACAGUACAGGCAUGAGGACGGAGUAGGGAGAUUUGUGGGGAAUGUGAACUCGGAGGCUGUUGUGCAGAACAAGCUGUCGCACCCAGUGAGGACGCGUUUCCUGCGCUUCGUCCCCCUCGACUGGAACCCCAGUGGCUGGAUGGGCCUCAGAGUGGAGGCGUUCGGCUGCUCCUACAAGUCAUAUGUGGCAGACUUUGACGGCAGAAGCUCCUUGCUGUAUCGGUUUAACCAGAAGUCCAUGUCCACGGUGAAGGACGUGAUCUCUCUGCGCUUCAAGAGCAAUCAGGCCGAGGGGGUUUUAUUGCACGGAGAGGGGCAGAGAGGAGAUUACAUCACCCUGGAGCUGCACCGAGGAAGAUUGGACCUCUACCUCAACUUAGACGACAGCAGGCUGAGGUUCAGCAGCGGGCGUGUUGCAGUCACUGUGGGCAGUCUGCUGGAUGAUCAGCAGUGGCACUCUGUUCACAUAGAGCGCUUCAACAAGCAGGUUAACCUCACAGUGGACUCCCACACACAGCACUUCCAAACCAAAGGAGAAGGACACUCUCUGGAGGUGGACUACGAGCUGAGUUUUGGAGGCAUCCCUCUUCCUGGUAAACCUGGCACCUUUCUGAGGAAGAACUUCCACGGCUGCAUGGAAAACCUCUACUACAACGGGAUCAAUAUCAUAGACCUGGCAAAGAGACGCAAGCCGCAGAUACACAGCGUGGGCAACGUGACCUUCUCGUGUUCACAGCCCCAGCUGGUGGCUUGCACCUUCCUGAGCUCCAGCAGCAGCUUCCUGUCACUUCCGUCUGCGGCGUCUGCCAGCGGAGGUUUUUCCGUUCGCUUCCAGUUCAGGACGUGGAACCCGGACGGGCUGCUGCUCUCGGUGCAGCUGAACCCGGAGCCCCACAGGCUGGAACUGCAGAUCAGCAACAGCCGGCUGCUGCUGACCCUCCACAGCCCGGGACGACCCAAAUCACAGGUCUCCGCCGGUCACAGAGUCAACGACGGUCUGUGGCACUCCGUGAGUCUCAACACAAGGAAUCUACAGAUCACCCUGACGGUGGAUAGUGAGCCAUCCUCCACCAUUGAACUGUGGGAACAACUCGAGUCGAGAAGCAACUUCUACUUUGGAGGCUGCCCCAGCAUGGACUGCCAGUACGUGACUCCGGACUUCCAGGGGUGUGUGCGGCUUAUAUUCAUCAACAGCCAGCCGAUGUAUCUCAAUCAUGUACAGCAAGGGUUGCUGGGAAAUUAUAAUGAGCUUCAGUUCGACACCUGCAACAUACGAGACAGAUGCCUUCCUAACCUAUGUGAACACGGAGGCCGCUGCUCCCAGACGUGGAGCUCUUUCUCCUGCGACUGUUCAGGAACAGGAUACUCCGGAGCCACCUGUCACAACUCCAUCUAUGAGUCCUCCUGUGAGGCCUACAAGCUGAUUGGCAGCUCCUCAGGCUUCUACUCCAUUGAUCCAGAUGGUAGUGGUCCCCUGGGGCCCACACAGGUAUACUGCAACAUGACAGAGGAGAAGGUGUGGACGGUGUUGACGCACAACAUCACGGCUCCAGUUACAGUCCAGGGCUCCUCGUUUCUCAAACCUUACGUCAUGAACUUCAACUACAGCGCCUCGGCUGAUCAACUCCGUGCCAUCGUGUCGGGCUCUGAGCAGUGCCAGCAGGAAGUGGUUUACAACUGCAAGAAGUCCCGUCUCUUUAACACAAAAGAUGGAAGUCCGCUCACCUGGUGGCUGGACUGGCAGGGAGAGAAGCGCAGCUACUGGGGAGGCUUCCUGCCCGGAGUCCAGCAGUGCUCCUGCAGCCUGGAGGAGAACUGCGUGGACAUGAACUACUUCUGCAACUGUGAUGCUGAUAGUGACUCAUGGGCUAAUGACACAGGAAUCCUCUCCUAUAAAGACCACCUGCCAGUGAGCCAGAUAGUCAUUGGAGACACCAACCGAACGGGCUCGCAGGCUGUGUACCACAUCGGCCCUCUGCGUUGUUAUGGAGACAAGUCUAUUUGGAACGCGGCGUCUUUCUACCAGGAGUCCUCCUACCUCUACUUCCCCACGCUGCAGGCCGAGCUCGCCUCUGAUAUCUCCUUCUACUUCAAGUCCAGCGCGCCUUCAGGAGUGUUUCUGGAGAACCAGGGCCUCAAGGACUUCAUCAGAGUGGAGCUCAGCUCUCCCUCUGUGGUGACUUUCUCCUUUGAUGUGGGAAACGGUCCAGCGAUCCUGUCCGUGAAGUCCCACCUUCCUCUGAAUGACAGACAGUGGCACUACGUGAGGGCAGAGCGUAACGCGAAGGAGGCCUCGCUGCAGGUCGACCAGCUUCCCCUCCGCUUCCUGGAGGCUCCCGCUGACGGACACCUCCGCUUACGUCUCAGCAGCCAGCUGUUCGUAGGAGGAACGGCAUCCCAGCAGAGAGGCUUCCUGGGCUGCAUCAGGACUCUGACGGUCAACGGCGCAAGCUUCGAUCUGGAAGAGAGGGCCAAGAUGACGCCCGGUGUGACCUCAGGGUGUCCCGGUUACUGCAGCGGCUCCAGCAGCCUCUGCCACAACCGAGGGAGGUGCAUCGAGAAGAGCAACGGCUACGUGUGCGACUGCUCCCAGUCGGCCUACGGGGGAACCACCUGCGACCAAGAGGUGUCCGUGUCCUUCGACAUGGAGUCCUCGGUGACCUACACCUUCCAGGAGCCCUUCUCGGUGAUGCAGAACAGAAGCUCGCAGGCCUCCAGUGUUUCCACAGAGAGCAGCAGCAGAGCCAGAGAGGACGUGGCCUUCAGCUUUGUCACCUCCCAGAGGCCGGCCAUGCUGCUCACUGUCAGCACCUUCAGCCAGCAAUACAUCGCUGUCAUCCUGGCAAAGAACGGGAGUCUGCAGAUCUGGUAUCACCUCCAGACAGACAGGAGUCCAGACGUGUUCAGCCCUGUCCUCACCAAUCUGGCAGACGGAAAACUCCAUCGAAUCAGAAUCCAUCGAGUGGGAAAAAACCUCUAUGUACAGAUCGACCAGGACAUCCACAGAAAGUACACACUGUCAUCCGAUGCAGAGCUGAUCCUAAUCAGAUCCCUGACAUUGGGCAAAGUCACCAGGAGGGAGAACCUGAAUGAGGAAGUGACGCACGCCGCUUCUAAAGGUUUCAUUGGCUGCCUCUCCUCGGUGCAGUUCAAUCACGUUGCACCGCUGAAGGCUGCCCUGACGAAUCGAGGAAGCUCAUUGGUCACCAUCCGCGGCCCGUUGGUCCAGUCGAAUUGUGGAGCACUGGCGGAGUCCACUUCACACACACAGCAAGAUCAAACUGUGACAGCAAAUAAGGAUAAAGAGCAGCACGGCGGCGGCACACAGAAGGAUUUGGCUGUGAUAGCAGGUGUGGUCACAGCGGUGGUCUUCAUCGCUGCCUGCGCUCUGGCUGUGAUAAGCCGCCUCCUCUACCAGCAGCGGCAGGCCCGGAGGAGCGGCAGCAUCAAAGAAGAGGAGAACAGACACAGCAUGUACACAGACUACAGGACAGAGCUGCACCUCCAGAACUCAGUCAGGGAAAACAUGAAGGAGUACUACAUCUGACUGCAGAGUGCACGCUGUGGACCCUAAGCCACAAACUUACCUCUCUCUUAUAAAAGGACAAACAGGUGGACGCGCGCCGCUGCAGGAUUCUUAUAAAAUAACAUCUCCGUGCCCGGGGAAGUCUCCCAGGAACUCUGCAAAACCUGUAGCCUGUAGUCCACUCUCGUAAUGCUCCAGUGCAAGCAAGCAGCUGAGUCUUUACAGCUGUUAGUGUUUUUGAUGUUGGUGAAACUGAAGCUGCUGUGGUUUCUGUCCUUGCAAAAAUGUGUAAAGCAAAAGAUGAAUGUUCCGCGGGGGGUGGACAAAGGGACACGACGGGUACAACGAGCUGCUGUCCAUCCUGAAGGCGCACAACUUUUUAGUUUGAAAUCCUCAAACGCUGACUCCUUCAACGCGACGGUGGGACUCUCUGAAUCGCGAGCGAGGGAAAAAUGUAGGCCAAGCCUGUAAGAUAUGCGCGCAUUCGCAGCUGUCUUUGUUUUUUCAGUGGUGGUGAAUGUUGUAGAAGAAGUAAAAAGGGGACAAUACUGCCUAUACUGUAUGAGUGCCUAAUUUGCAUACAAGUUUUUAUUUGAACAUUUUAGAAGUUAUUCAUGUGUAUUGCACAAAGGCAAUCACAUUUACACAGAGGAGGUUAUUGUCAUUCAGUUCUGCUACCCACACCACAAAGAGUAAAAGGGAAUCAUAAUUCCCCCGUCAUGCACGACAUCUCUCCGUAAUGUUUAUUUCACUGGGUUGUUUUUUUUUCUCAGGCGUUUUAAAGUAGCAUGGAAAUUGACAAACCUUAAUCCUGUAAUCUGUUGUUAGCUGGAUACAUACCAGAUGCAAAACUCUCCAGGCUUUCAAGUGUUUCAGUUUCUCUUGUCCCUUCAAAAGCGUUGUACACCAUUCAGACCACACUUCUUUGGAUCUUUAGCUAAUGACUUGGAUAUUAUUUAAUUGGCUUGUGACUCAUGUUUUAAGAACAUCAAAAUAAAAAGGACUUGAUGUAUAUUGUAUCAUGAAAGUAGCAGAAAUGAAUGGAGAGGAUUAUUAUAUUUAAAUAUCUUAAAAUAAUCCAAGCACGUACAGUAAGGGGUAACUGCAGUAUCAACCACACGCUCAAAUCCAACACAUACAGUUAUUCUGGCAAAUCUGGCAAGUUUCAAAGCUCCCAAGCGGCAUCUUUGGUGUUCAAACGGGCAGCAGAUUGGUAUGUACAGGAAGUGUGGAGUUCAGCGAGUACCGGCGGAAACUGGGUCAGCCAGCAUGCAGGUUGAGUUUGCAAUCAAUCACAGCAGAAGGCAUAUUGGUGCUUGUACAGCGUCAGUUAGCUCCAGGGUCAGCGUGUCAGUCACAGCAUUUCUCUACUUCACUUUGUUACAGUGCUCGAGCGAGUUUGUCCCACUGGUUAGGGUUUUAUUUAAAACGGUAGCUUUGAUUAGACGGAAAACCCAAGUAAACGGACAUAAAUGGUGCGUACCAAACUCAAAAAAGUACUGGUACAAAAGUUUAGUUUGUCUAUGAUUUUGCAGCGCUUAGAGCUUUUUGCAACUGAGAAAAGGCCACCUGACAUCAUGUUUUUUAUGUAUAACCUGGAUUACAGGGAUAAGCGGGGUUUUCUAUAUAAUUCAAAACGCUUUUUUAUAUCCAUCAGACACUAGUUGAUCCUAAGAAAAAAAAUCAUACACACUAAAAAGGCAAAAAGUCUAGAGCUAGCCAGUAAUGCACAAGUCAUUGAACACAAAUUAAAGCAUGGAUUAAAAAUGGAGACUGUCUUUUUAAAGAUCUAUACCACUAGUGAGGUUAAGGAACUUGACCUGCAGGUGUUGCCCGAGGAUGGGCGGUGUUACCUACAUUUAAAAAAUCUGCUUGCUAGGAUUUGGCUCAUUAUGCAGAGGCUUCAGCUGCUCUCAGGCAGGUUAGCUGUCUUUGUAAAUGUCAGUCGUACUUUGAGCUUGCUAAACACGAGGGGUUAAGCUUCUAAGAAAAAGCUGAAUCUGAAUCUGAGACUAUUUUCCUUUUUUUUUCUGUCAUGAAUGAAUGAAUACAUUACAUUUUGUCCUCUUGGGAUCUGUACAAAAUUUCCAGGAAAGCGUUUCAACACUUGUGAAGACAUUUCGCUCCAAUUUUGGGGACAAAUGCACUGACGGACGGAAAGACUGACUAUACUUCCUGGAGUUCCACCGCUUCCAUUCGGCUUAAGAUUACUUUACUGAAAAAAAGACACAGGAGAGUGGCAUGGUCAGAAGAUAGGGUCUUCACCCUUCGGGCCCCAUCUGUGCAUGUCCUUGUAAUCUAAGUAUGUCUCAAGAUGUGAUAGUCUGCAGAUUUCAAGUAUCAGUGAAUGAAUACAUACCUCUCAGAGUGUUUUGGUUGUAUUGCAAUAGGCAAUAUCAUGUGGUUACUUCUUCUUCUUCUUCUUCUUCUUCUUCUUCUUCUUCUUCUUCUUCUUAA